UUCAAAAUGGCGACCUCCAUUGCUUCAGAAACCGGUGCAAACCGAGUUAAUGUUCGACAGUUUCUGGAGCAAUGGGGCGACCAGAUAAAAUAUUCAGUCACUGAAGGUAACAAUGAACUUGAAUCUAUAGCAGCCAUGAUGAACGUUCCGACUGACACUGUCAAAGAAGUGUCUGAAGUAUGUAGCCCUGAAACCCUCAUGUGUAAAGGUGACGCUGUUGACAGGAAAAUCAUUUACGAGAAUGUUCCAAGUGAUAUUGAUCUGAUAACUGUAAGGAGUCAAGCAGCAGAGCUGGACAAGAGACUGAAGAACCCAACAUAUCACAAUCAUAUCCUUCGGAAGAUGAAGUACAACUAUGUUGACUGGUAUCGAUAUUUCAAGACAGAGGAGACAUUCAGCGAUCCGCCACCAGGUGGCAUUGACACCAAGGUCAGGGAACCUAACGUUGUGCUGACUGUCCAAGUCCACAGACCCUACCGUAAUCAGCCAAGUUCUCGGCUGGUCAUGUCAGAGACAUACCUGCUCCUUGGCAACCACAAACUGAGUGAGCUGCGUGACGUCAUCAAGUGUUCCAAUGACUAUGCCAUCAGCGGAGAUCACAGUGAACACCCAGACAUUACACAGUUCACAUUUGCAAAGGAUAUUUACAAGUCAGGAUUUUUCUUCAUCGAAGGAACCUUCUACAAUGAUAUGCGUCAGCUCGACAAUCGAGACUACAGCAAAGCCAUAACAGAGUGGGUUAGUCAAGAGAAUCGAGGCGAGAGGAUGGGUCCAUUUGAGACAGCCAAGAUGGAAGACACAACUUUCCUUGACCUUGACCUUGUGCUGGGUAAACCCUACUUCUAUCAGCAUCAGGGUGACUGUGAACACAUACUUAUCUUCACCGACGUCCGCAUGUUCCACCCCAUGGAUCCCCAGGACCUGCGGUCUUACCCAUAUAUCUGCCGCGAAAUGAACCACAAACGCAAGAUAUGUAAAUCCUGCAUGAUAAACACUGCUGGGUGGAUCAUCUACGACUGCCAAUUACUUCCCAGCAAUCCAGCUUUCAUGUGCCACAGGUGUUUCAAGGCUCUGCUCUAUGAUGAAGAUGGCAAGAAGAUUGGCAACUUUGAAGCUUACAUGAGUUCGGAACACCCCACAUAAACAUGUUUCAUCAUGCGUGUCGGCCAUCUGUGAUAUGACAACGUUCAGAAUGGAGGACAGAUCCUGAGACUUGGUCUGGAUGUGUUGCCAGUAAGAAGCAAUAUGGACACUGGUAUCACCAGAAUAUGAUCCGAAAAGUGUCAUAUUUACACCUCAUUUCAUGAACAAUCCUCAGGAAUAUUUGGUUUGGAUUAAGACAAUUCCCUGAUGAAAAAAGCAUCAAUAGAUUUGUCAAUGCCUGGCAUAUUCUCACCGUUAUCAUAGCGAAGUUGGAAGAAUAUUUGUAGACAGUAUUCACAAUCACUCAUGGAUGAAGACAAUACUAACUGCUUUCAGUUGUGAAUCUGUUUGGUUAAGUCAUUAAACAAUUUACCUGUUGUAUUUUGAUUCUGUGGUUCAGAAAAAAAAUACCAAAGACUAUUUCUAAA